UGUUCUGAAAUGCAGGUAUUUGCAGCAGCAUCAAUGGGAUUUCAAUGCACUGGUUUUGAAAUAAACUGCACAUUAUUGGCGUGUUCAAGGAGUAAAGCAUGGUGGCAUGGGGUACACACUGAUAUUCAUUUCGUUAAACAGGACGAAAGACGGAUCUGUCCAAAUACAGAAACAUGACCGUGUUUCUGGCUCCUGCAGUGAUGGGGGUUCUGGAAGAGAAGUUGUUAAAGAAACUUCCUGAGGAUGCCAGAGUCAUUGUGUGCCGUUUCCCUUUUCCUCACUGGCCUCACAGCUGCACUGCUGGAUCUGGAUUAAACCAGGUCUGGGCUUAUGAUGUGCACACUGCUAGAGAACCGUCCAGAACGUCACCAAUCACAAGCCUGAACCAGCCUACUGGUCACCAGUGAGCAGUUGAUUCUCAAUGGUCAACAACAAACAAGCCACUUGCAACUCAGAAAUCAAGAUAUUUAGCAUUUUAUAAAAGCUUUA